AUGUUGCGUCACCGAGUCCAGGAGGAGGACAGUGCCGUCCUCAUCAAAAUGGGCCCUGGGACGGAGAAGGGGGACACUUACGGAAGCACAGCCCUGCACCCCGCUGAUCAGGGCGGAUCCCAGGCAGCCACCUGCAGGGUGGGGACCCCUGCCACGCCCAGGAUCGCAGACUUCGUCCUCGUGUGGGAGGAGGACCUGAAGCCGGGCCGGCCGCAGGAUGGCACCACUCGAGACAAGGCAGACGGGCACCGGGCCUGGCGGGAGGCCUUUUUGGACCACCUCCGCGCAGCCGGGCUGUGUGUGGACCAGCGUGACGUUCAGGAGGAGGCCCUGGCCGUGCACUACACCCUCCUCAGUGCGCCCUGGCCGGUGCUCUGCUACUACGCCGAAGACCUGCGCCUAAAGCUACCACUACAGGAGCUGCCCAAUCAGGCCUCCAACUGGUCGGCCUGGCUGCUGGCGGCCCUGGGCAUCCCCAACAUCCUGCAGGAAGAAGUGCCCAACGUGCCUUCCGAGUACUACACCUGUCAGUUCAAAGCCAGCAAGCUGUGCAGGUUCCUGGGGAGUGACAACCAGGACACCUUCUUCACCAGCACCCACAGGCACCAGAUUCUGUUUGAGAUCCUGGCCAAGACCCCAUAUGGCCACCACAAGAAGAGCCUAUUUGGGAUCGACCAGCUGCUGUCUGAGGGGGUCUUCCGUGCCGCAUUCCCCCUGCAUGACGGCCCAUUCACGCUGCCCCUGGAGGGGCCAGAGCCCCAGGCCCUCAGCCAGCGUCAGCUGCUGGGCCGGCACUGGGCCCGCUGGGGGAAGUGGAACAAGUACCAGCCAUUGGACCACGUGCGUGGCUACUUCGGGGAGAAGGUGGCCCUCUACUUCGCCUGGCUCGGUUUCUACACAGGCUGGUUGCUGCCCGCAGCCGUGGUGGGCAGCCUGGUGUUCCUGGUGGGCUGUCUCCUGGUCUUUUCAGACAUACCCACGAGCUGGGUGGGAGGCCCGGGGUCCAGCCUGAGGCUUGGUGUAGGAACAGCGGCCCCAGCCCACUCGCAGGCUGCUGUCACGCAGGCUGGUCGGCUGUUCGACCACGGCGGCACGGUCUUCUUCAGCCUCUUCAUGGCUCUCUGGGCGGUGCUGCUGCUGGAGUACUGGAAGCGCAGGGGCGCCACGCUGGCCUACCGCUGGGGCUGCUCCGACUAUGAAGACAUUGAGGAGAGGCCUCGACCCCAGUUUGCAGCCGCGGCGCCCACGACAGCCCUGAACCCCAUCACCGGCGAGGACGAGCCCUACUUCCCCGAAAGGAGCCGUGCGAGGCGGGUGCUGGCGGGCUCUGUGGUGGUGCUGAUGAUGGUGGCCGUGGUGGUCAUGUGCCUUGUGUCCAUCAUCCUGUACCGUGCCAUCAUGUCCAUCGUGGUGUCCAGGUCGAACAACACCUUCCUGGCGGCCUGGGCAUCCCGCAUCGCCAGCAUCACAGGCUCUGUGGUGAACCUUAUCUUCAUCCUCAUCCUCUCCAAGGUCUACGUGGGUCUGGCCCACAUCCUGACGCGCUGGGAGAUGCACCGGACGCAGACCAAGUUCGAGGACGCCUUCACCCUCAAGGUGUUCAUCUUCCAGUUCGUCAACUUCUACUCCUCCCCUGUCUACAUCGCCUUCUUCAAGGGCAGAUUUGUGGGGUACCCAGGCAACUACCACACCUUGUUCGGGGUCCGAAAUGAGGAGUGUGCGGCUGGGGGCUGCCUCAUUGAGCUGGCCCAGGAGCUCCUGGUCAUCAUGGUGGGCAAGCAGCUCCUGAACAACGCCCAGGAGAUCCUCCUCCCCAAGCUCCAAAGCUGGUGGCAGCGGUUCCGGCUUCGUCCCAAGAAGAGGAAGGGGGGGACCUCUGCGGCUGUUGACCAGGCCCCCUGGGAAGCCGACUACGCACUGCUGCCCAGUGAGGGCCUGUUUGACGAGUACCUCGAAAUGGGUAGGCCCCAAGCCUUCCUGCUCGCCUUCACGUCCGACUUCCUGCCGCGCGCCUACUACCAGUGGAGCCACGCGCGGGACCUGCGGGGCUUCCUCAAUUUCACGCUGGCGCGCGCCCCACCCACCUUCAGCGCAGCGCACAACCGCACGUGCUGGUACCAGGCCUUCCGGGAUGAUGAUGGGCACUACUCUCAGGCCUACUGGAGCCUCCUGGCCAUCCGUCUGGCCUUCGUCAUCGUGUUUGAGCACGUGGUGUUCUCCAUUGGCCGGCUGCUGGACCUGCUUGUGCCCGACAUCCCUGAAGCGGUGGAGAUCAAGGUCAAGCGUGAAUACUAUUUGGCCAAGCAGGCGCUGGCCGAGAACGAGGCACUGUUUGGGACACACGGGGCCGAGGACAAGCUCCCAGGCUCAGAGGCGAGUCUGAGCCCACAAGCGUAGGGGGCCAGCCUGUCCUGUCCCUCUGGGCUCCGGGGACCUGGCAGGGUCCCAGCUGUGGAGGAGGCAAUGCAUUAUGCUGUCUCAGCAUCCAGAAAGGCCCCAGUGAGCGAAUGCU